UUUAAACAAAACAAUAAUAAUUGACUUAAAUUUUAAUAUUAAUAUCAUAUGAUAUAAGCAAUAGUUGUCAACAAAACACAUGAGACUGUGUUUGGCAUACAUUUGAAGCAAUGUUUUGAUGUGAUUGUCAACUAUAGUGACAAUAAUAAUGCCAUUACUAAUCAAUGGUGUGAUUAUCACUGAUGUUCCCAAUGAUAUCAAUUCAUUAUUCAAUAAUUAUCCACAACUUGAGGAAUCGAGUUUACGGUUGGUAUCACUUGAUCCCAAAGUGGUCAGUCCGGUAGCACUGGUAUAUGUGUGUCAGCGGGAGUACGCCAUUGUGUCACCACAUGAUAAGAGCAUCAGUAUUGUGGGCACAGAUGACACAACCACUUGUUGUAUGGCUGUAUUAAGACAUUCAACCAGUGGUGUCACUUCAUUGGCUCAUUUUGAUGGAUCAGCUCCACAAUCAACGAACAAAUAUAUUGAAAAUAUGAUUAAAAGAAUGGAAGAAAUGAAUAUCUCUGUCGGUAUUAGCGACGGCCGCUUUGAACUGCAUCUCAUCGGUGGCUUCAAUGACUCCCGACAUUAUUCCGAGGAUUUAGUCCUUAAAUUGCUUUGUGCAUAUCACAGACAAACAAUUAAUAUUGAAUUAGUGACGGCCUGUGUGUGUAAAUUAAAUAAUACUAUAAGAAAUAAUAUCAAUUGGCCAGUGAUUUAUGGAAUUGCAGUCAAUGUCAAAACGGGUGACAUAUUUCCGGCCACUUUUACCGACAAAGGGCCAGAUAUACCAUUAAGAAGUGCACGAUAUUAUACGGGUUGUCAUGAAAUGCUAGAUAUCUAUGAUUCAAAUAUGAGUUUAUUACGGAUCGGACCAUUCAAUUACAGUCCUAUGAGAGGCGUAGACCUAUGGCUACAACAAAGUGAUGAGUUUAUACUUCAACAUUUGUCGACAUCACCUGAAGUGGAACCUCCAAACUUUGUGAUGAGCGCGAGGACUACCCUUAAGUUUAUACAAAAGAAUCCCUUUCCUGGAGUCACUAUAUUUGCUGAUAACAGACCCCGUUAUUAUCGAAAAGAUGAUCUGACCGGUCAAUGGCUUCCUAUUUGCUAUUAAUAAUAUCUGUUAAGUUAAUGAUAUCCACAAAUUGUAUACAAAGAUAAUAUUAUAAUUUUUAUCUAUAG